AUGUCGUACGCCUCCGUCGCCGCCCACAACGCCCCUCCGGAGUCUGAGCAGCCCCGGCCCGACCCCGGCCUCCUCGAGGGCCAGAACGUCGACCACAGCGAUGUCAACAACCACCUCCCCGACGUCGACUCGGGCAAGGUCAACGUGAUCCCCUCGGACGCAGACCUCGAGCACCUCAAGACCGAGUCGCAGGAAGCCUACGAAAAGGCCGUCGCAGAGGCCCGCGAGGCGCGCGCCCAGGCCGAGCGCGACGCAAAGGCGGCAAAGGACAAGGCGGCCGCCACCGCAAAGGACGCCGGCGACAAGGCCGAAAAGGCCGCAAAGGACGUCGGCGACAAGGCAAAGCAGCUCGGCAACGAGGCCGACAAGGCCGCCAGCGACGCCAGCUCAAAGGCCCAGCAGUACGCAAAGGACGCCCAGAACCUCGCCAAGGACGCCGGCAACCGCGCCUCGAAGCUCGCCGGAGACGCCAAAAAGGAGGUCGAGAAGGACACCCGCGAGCUCAGAAAGAGGGCCAAGGAGGAGGGCAAGAAGAUCAAGAAGGCGGCGGGCGAGGCCGGCGAGGAGAUUGAGUCGUUCUGGAACCGAUUCUCGAGCGACCCGGACAUGUGGCUUCCCGCCCUCGGUGCCCUCAACGUCGCUCUGCUGGGCGGCCUCGGCUUCUACGCCUACACAAACAAGGACCAGGUGCAGCGCACCGACCGUCGCCUGCUGAGCGCCGUCACCGUCGGCAUCCUCGGCCUCGUCGGCGGACAGGGAUACUGGGCUCAGGAGACUGCGCGCAAGCAGCGUCGCUCGCUCUAA